UUAAAUUUAUUUAAAUUUUAGAAAUGCCUACGUUGUGUGCAGUGUUUGAGGGUUUUAACAAGACAACCAAUAAAAACCUUUCGUUUUAUCGUUUUCCCAAAGUUUGGAAAAAUUCUGCAUCUGAUAUUAAUGCACUUUUGUUGGCACAACGCAAGUCGUGGUUUAAUGCUCUACAUCGGUCUGAUGUAACAGAUAAACAACUAGAUCACAUGCGAAUUUGUUCACUUCAUUUUAAAAUGGGUAAACCAGCUCACUAUGGUGAUACAAAAAACUCUGAUUGGACUCCUACCUUAAAAAUGGGAUACAUUAAAAACAGAGGUAAAGCUACAACACCAAAUCUACUGAGGUAUAAACGGGCCGAAAAAAGAACAUUAUUUAGGCCAACAAAAUUAUUCGAAGAAUCACCGAAUAACAACCUCGAUGAUCAGCAUAAUGAAGAUGAAAAAUAUGAAGAUAUUAAUGAUGAAACAGGAAUUUCAUGCAAUACUGAACUCACGAUGGAUAAUAUUUCGGAAUUAAAACUUUUGAAAGAUAAGUGUGACCAAUUACAAAGGGAUGUAAAUUUUUUUAAUUUUUCAGAGAACUCUUUUUUAGAUAGGCCCACAAUGUUUACUUAUUAUGCUGGGUUAACAAUGGAUGUAUUUAAAUUAAUUUUAGAGUCAAUUAAACCAGGGCUAACAGCAUCAAAUCAGAGACUAACCGAGUUUCAGAAAUUAUUAUUAUGUUUAAUGAAACUGAGAUUAAAUUUGCCUUUUAAAGGCCUGGGUUUUAGGUUCAAUAUUACAUGUGCAACUGCAUCUAUGAUAUUCCGAAAAGUCAUCAUACUAGAGCACAUGUUUAAAAGACUAAUCUAUUGGCCAAAUAGGGAAGCUUUAAGAAGUACUAUGCCCCAAUCAUUUUUCAAUGUGUUUGGGAAUUCUGUUGCUGUAAUUUUAGACUGUUUUGAAAUUACAAUAGAGAAACCAUCUAACCUAAAAGCUAGGGCACAGUCCUGGUCUUCAUAUAAAAAUAAAAACACUGUUAAGUAUUUAAUUGCAACAACACCUCAAGGAAGUAUUUCUUUUAUAUCUGUAGGUUGGGGUGGACGAACCAGUGAUAAAUAUAUAACUGAUAAUAGUAACUUGUUAAAUAAAUUACUUCCAGGUGAUGUUGUAUUAGCUUUUCGAGGAUUUACAAUAAGUGAAAGUGUAGGAUUUCACUGUGCAACUUUGAAAACUCCAGGGUUUACAAAGGGUCUACCUCAAUUACAUCCUUGUACUAUAGAAGAAACCAGAAAAAUUGCUUCUGUACGUAUACAUGUAGAACGAGUAAUUGGUUUCACUCGUUCUAAAUUUAAAAUUCUCAAUGGUCCUGUUCAAAUUACUACCCUGAAAAACCAAGAUGAUAGAACAUGUCUUUUGGAUUCUAUUGUAACCGUUUGUUGUAUUUUGACAAAUAUGUGCAAUUCAGUUGUACCAGUAACUUGAAAUAAAGGCAUAAACAGUAAUAUUAUAAUAUAUUGUGUAAUUUUAUAAUUAGACAUAAAAAUUAGAACUAACUUAUUUUAUAUUUAAAUAAUUAGUUAUGACAAAAUAAUGUGACUUAUACUUACAAAAAAUAAUGAUAUAAUAAUAAUAAUAAUAAUGUUUACUGACACAGUGCACAUUUCCAAGUUUUUGUUGAAUGCUUACGUUUUAUUCCUAAACAGCUAUAAUGGUACCAACGAUUUGGACACCCUUCUUUUGUACACAUUAUCAUUUUCAAUUUAAAAAUAUUCUUAAGCUACCUUCGACCAUAUCACCACAGACGUCACAUGUGGCAGGAGGUGUUGAGAUGCAGCUCACGCAAUACCAUCCAUGGCCACAGUCCAACAGUAUGUAUUGCGCCUGGUCUGGUACAUAUUGUAAAUGGCGCAUACAUCCAAGGCACUGACUUCCAGUUGGAUCGAGUAAUGAAGUUAACAUGCAUUAUAUGGAUGGGCUGUGUUGUGGGAAAUUCUACUUUGCAAACUCCGCAUUUAUCUAAUCGAAUCGCAUACUCAUCACAGCACCAUCCGUGACCGCAAAGCACCAAAAUGUUGGCCGAAUUUACUUGGCUCCAACUUUCAAGGCAAAUAAAACAUCUGUCUAAAGGGUCACCUUUAGAAUAAAAAAUAUAAUUGUAUAUUACCGAGAAGAUGAUGAUCUUCAAUUAAUCCAAGGUUACCACCACCUGGUUGUUGGCGCACAUUUGGAUGCCGGACCAUUCCAUGAUUUUCUGGAACUGCUGCUACCCGUUGACAACCACGACCCCUCCUAGGUCUACCAGCUCCACGAAUGUGGAAUGGCGGCAAUACAGGUGGCAGAGGCUGAAGUCCAACCAUUGGUAGCUGUCCAGGAAUAAAAUCUUCGAGAAGGAUUUCUAUAAUUUCAUUUUAUUGUCAUUUAGUUUAUACACCCAAUUGAAUGUAUAUGGUACCUACUAUUAGCUAAAGGGCCUAUUAGAUACUCUUCUUAAAUAUGCCAUUGAUUCAUAGCGUAUGUUUCGUAGAGCAUCAGCCAAAAUGCAGUUAUUUGUGUCUCUGCUAGACACAAUAGAUCUUCAUAGCUUUAAAGUUUGAUUUAUUAAAAUUAAAAUUAAUUUCAAAAAUGUAAGCUAUAUAUAGUUAAUUGUCUCACUUGCUGGCUAUUGACUGUUUGUAACGUUUCCCUCCGUACUCUACUUUCAACCGAUCGCAAUCAAUCUGCAAAAAAUUAUAAAAACCAAUCAAAAUUCCAGCUAUUGUCAAUAUAUAUUUUUAUUAAAAAUCAAUUACCGUAAAAAGACCAGACUGGGGGAUGUAUGCCUAUGAAAACUUUCCACAAAAUUAGUACGUAUGUUUACACCGUAAACGGAAAACCCGUAUGGAAGUACUGUUGUCAACCGGUAUUGUCUGACAUAGUCCACUAACUGAACAAUACAGUUCAGUACGCCCAUACGUGUUGCCAAUCUUGUGAUUGCCAGAAAACCCCCAAGAAUGUGGAAGUCUUCUGGCAAUUCUGACAUCUGUUGUGGUGGCAAGUGUGGUAAAGACAUAAUCUAUAAAAAAAAAAUGUUAAUAUUAAUGUAAGAAUUUCUCAUAUCACUAGAUCCUAAUCCAUCAGUCAUUAAUUGUUAUUUCUUAUUACCAUUUUCAGUAUUAUGGCAGCAUGAUGGUUUUCACGGAAUAAUGUCACCAUGCCAUGGGUCUGGACAAAACGUAAAAUGCUCUGCAAACAAAUAGUGCCUUUGAGAAUAUAAUUUCUUUAUUGACUAAGAGACCGGAAUUCUAUGCAUUUGCAUGUUCAUACUGAGUGUAUGCACUUAUACGAGGGUUUGAAAAGCCGGCAAUUCAAAUCUUACUGAUUCCAUAGAUCAAAUUUAAUUUUGCAUAUAUUUCCAUAUUUGGAGGAAUUUUCAGUGUCAACACUCAACAUUAGUUUAAUACAGUGUUGAUAAACUACUGUUAUCUGACAAAAGAAAUUACAUUAAACAUUAAUUUCUUAAAGUUGUGGAAAAAUUUAACAUUCAUUUUUCAUUUUUUGGCUACACUACAAAUUCGAAAAAUGUUUCACAUUAAAGAAUCCAGAAAAAUACUAUACAAUAAUAAAAACAUUAAUGCACAAUUUGAUUAUUACCUGGCAAAAAUGGAACUAGCACCCAAUCAAUUGGCAUUCUGGAAUCACUAUUUGUAUUGCAUUUCGCACAUAUUACCAUAGUCCUAUGUAGACGUUUUCUGUUCUGCGAUUUAGUAAAGCAUAUACCACAGGAACUGACUUAAAUUACAAAUAUCUCUUACGACAUUGUCCAAGACAGCGUGGAUUGUGAUCAACUGCUCGGCAUCAGCAGGAACUCGCGGAAUGACACUAAAUGUGCCAUCAAUUGCCAAGACUCUUGCUUCACGCAGGUAUGGAGCAAUGCGUAGU